GAACCACAGAUGAAACAAGCAGCACAACAUUUGAAGAAGCAGGAGUUGCUAUUGAGAGUCAACAUCUACUAGCGAAAAUGAGUGCCCCUGGAGCUAAAGGGCCUCGGAUUACUGUUUAUACUCAGACUAAUUCCAAAGGUGCGCUGAAAGUUUGUGAUGGGCCCGAGUAUAGCCUGGCCUUCACUGGAUUCGAUGAUAAGAUAGUUUCCGUGGAUGUCAAACGUGGAAUAUGGGUACUGUACGAAGAUGUUAACUUUGGUGGAAACAUCUAUGUGGUUUGGGAGGGACAAAAGAUCAAUUUACCAAUGAAAACUACAUCCUCGCUCAAACCUAUUGAAGGGGAUUUCUCCGACAAUCCCUCUUUGACCGUCUACAAUGGGCCAUCUUUCACUGGAAAAAACAAGACUUUUAAUAGCUCGAAUAGUAACCUCGUAGCCACUGAAUUCCAGGACUCCAUUACUUCAGUUUUUGUCGAUAGUGGAACCUGGGUAGCUUAUCGAGAUGUCGACUACCAGGGCCCGCAAUACUUGUUCACAAGGGGAGCUUUCAAUGGAACGUCCUCCGAGGGCCCCUUUCAGAACGACAAGAUUUCGUCACUGAGACCGAUUACGCGUUGUGGUUGCUGAGAUGGGACAUAGAAACUUUGAAACAGAAUAUACAUCGACAUGUGGUUAAAUGUCCGUAUAAACAUUUAUAACUACAAUAAUCAUUUUAAUUUUAAAUAUCUUUGGCAAUCAACGCCCUGCUUAAUGCUUUUGUUACUGCAUACCAAAUACAAAUGUGUUCAAAACAUAGCUGUACCAGCAUACCGUUAUAACGAGUCGAUUCUUCCACGUAUACAUCAAUCAAAUGAUGAAAAGUAAUACAGCUACUUAUAUACGAUCAUUUGAACAAUCGUUACCCAUGUAGCACCAUUUCGCUUCUAUAGCUGUUCUUACUAAAUCAUAUUUCUACCCUGACUGAAUUUUUUGUGCUCUUUAUUUCUACUAUGUAUCAAGCAAUACACGGAAUAAAUAGUUCGUAAUCAAA